CAUUUACAAAUUUCUCUUCCACUUGUUCACGUCUCUAUUCAUGAUUCUCUGUAUACAUGAUUCUAAUUUACAAAAAUCAGUCUAAAAUAGUAUAAACUUUAUUGAAUUCACUGAGAAAAUUCUAGUGAUUUUCUCAGUUUAAUUCGAUAGAUGACUAAUGAUGAGGAGAAUCGAAGCAGAAGCAGAAGCCUCAGAAGGGAAAGUGGAAGGAAGAAUAAGAGGAUCGGAGAAGUUGCGGGAGGAACAGCGGCGGAGUGUGCGAUGGUGUGUUGUUGUUGUCCCUGUACGUUGCUUCACUUACUCCUUGCUUUGUAUAAAGUUCCGGCAGGACUUUGCCGGAAAGCAUGGAGGAAUAAGAAGCGGAAGAAGAAGAAGCAGCAGCUUAUGGAAAGGGAAAAUAACAACAACAAAAACAACAUUGAUUAUGAUGAUUGUUGUGGUGGUUAUUAUACUGAUGAUGAUGAUAAGGAUUAUUUUGAUCGUGAUUGUGAUGGAACGGCUGAAUUUGAAACCGAGAUGUGGCAUCGAUUUCAUGGAAGUUUUGGAUUUGGAAGGAGUUUAUCUCAAAGGGAAGAAGAAGAAAAACAACUUACGGAUUCAGGAUAUAAAGUUUAUGGAUUUCACGCUAGUGCUGGACAAGAAGAAGUACAACAACAAUGAUUCUCAUGGUGUUUAUAAGCAGAGGCGAAUUCAAGGUUUAAAUUAAUGAAUUUCGCCGUAGUGCUGGAAUUGGCAAGAGCUCAAGGAAGAAGAAGAAAAACAUUAAAGAUUUUUCCGUGUUUACAGCCGGUGGCGAAUUUAUGAUUUAAAGUUUAUUAAUUUCACGGUGUGUUGGAUUUGGCAAAAACUCAACAUAACAUCAAUGAUUUUCCCUUGUUUAUAAACAGAGACGAAUUCAAGAUUUAAAUUUUAUGAAUUUCACUGUGGUUGCUGGAUUUGGCAAGAGCUCAUCUCAACGGGAGUAAAUACAACAACAGCAACAUCAAUGAUUCUCCCGGUGGUGUUUACCGUAUCGAGGAAGCGGAUUCAGAAUUUUAAAUUUAUGAAUUUUACAAUGAUGUUGGAUUUGAAAGGAGCUCAUCUCAAAGGAAAGAAGAAGAACAACAACAUCAAUGAUUCUCUCGUGAAGGCGAAUUCAGAAUUUGACGUGAUAAGAAUUUUGCCGACGAAGGUGGUGACGGCGAUGAUUAUGACGGAGGAUCACCGAAAUUUGUAACGAACACGUGGCAGCUAUUGGCGGCGACGGCGGCGGCAGCGACGGCGAUGAUAAUGAUUAAUGACGGAGGAUCACCAGAAAUGGACGAAUUUGAAAUGGACACGUGGCAACAAUUUUAUGGUGAAGCUGGAUUUAGAAGGAACCUUCUCAAAGGGGAGAAGAAACAAUAGCCUCUUUAUGUAUUUUUUUUUUUUUUAAAUUUUGAGAUUGAAACAAAUUUAUUUUGAUUAUAAUAUUUUCAGGUAUCUGUUGAAAAUUUUUUAAACUGUCAAUAAAUUUGACUUGUAGUGUUUUU